AUGCCGAUGAUAAAGCCGUAUAUCCGACGGAAAGACCUGGGGCUGUCGAUAGCUGGAUGGGCGUUGAUCCGUCGGAUUACGAGAAACACUACAGCACGUCACCCACCGCCUGAUGAGUUGCAUCGUAGCUUCUUUUUUAGACGUUUACCCUUGACGCCCGGUAAAGGGGCACGUCGAUACCUUUACUUCUCUGCGCACAUCACCAUUCUUACAUGCAUCAUCGGAAAACGUGCCCAGGAAGAGCCACAGGCAUAUGUUUUUAGCGCAAUCAAUCGUAAACUACCAAGCACGAAGCCAUAUCUCCCUAAAAUUGAAACAGGCGCCAACGUCAUCCUAAGUAACAAGAUUAGUAUCGGAAAGGGGCUUGCCUUCACUCUGAAAACAAGUUAA